AAAAGUAAAAAGUUCUCUUAAAAAGAAAAACAGUGGUCAAAUUCAGGUUAGGCAGCAUCUUCACCAUUUCAGGAAACAUGGGGCACCCAGGAAAGCUGCAGAGGGCAGACCACCGGAGAGAUGAUUUGUAAAACAAAAGGACCCUUGCAAAUAUUUUAUUUAUUUAUUUAUUUAUUUAUUUUAUUAUUUGAUUUAUAUCCCACCCUUCCUCCCAGUAGGAGCCCUUGGACACUUCAAAAGCAAGGCAAGAACAACACUAGCUGUCUAAGGAAUCGCUCAGAAAGCCAGGGCUGACGCUUGGGUCAAAAGAGACAGCAUCUUUGCACGGCUGCGUAAUGUCUUUCCUUCUCCAAUAUUGCAUGAUACCUCAUCCUCUUCCAGUGGAGAUUUGACCUCUUCCUUAGCAGAGUAUACAGUUCCCAAGAAGGCUUCUUCUCUUUCCUGUCUUAUUUUAGAAGUUAAGCACAACUUGUAAUAGUACCAAAUGGAGCCAGAUGAGCCUUUCUCUAUUAGAGGCAUAAAAGCCUUCCUUCGCUGCAUGGACGGGAGGACGACUUACUCCCCUUCCCGUCUGAAGGAAGCGAGCGCCAGGAGCGCUCGGAGAACUGUUCGAGGCGAGGCGCUCCUGAGAGCGCGCGGAAAGGCAUCUCGAGCUGGUGCUUUUGAUCUGCAGCGUCGAAGCGAUGGCGCUUCCAGGCCCGCCGGCUCAAGGGGGCGGGCGACAGGGAGGAGCCGCCCCGGCGGUGUUUGGAAAGAGCCGGGCAGGAAUGCGACGCGGGGAGAAGUACCAAACUCCGUGAAGGAGCGGCUGAGUUCUGAAGAGAGGCUGCCCGGAGUCAGACGUAAAGGCGCAGGCGAGAGGAUCGUGGACUGGGAUCACCCAAAAACCAGGAUAAUGACUACCACUCUAGUAGUGACACAGCACAUUUUGAGAGAAGACAGGGGGACAGAGGGGAGUUGUCUCCUGUACGGAUCCACUGCAUCUGAGAUUACUGAAGAAACUGAAUAUAUAAAACAGAUUAGAUCCACCCUAGCAAAAGUUCAGCCUCUGCUGUGUAAAAAUGAAUCUAGUCAUGGGCUUGGAAAUGUCACACUGGAUUCAAAGCCACGUUUUGAAGAAUCUGAAUUGGGACCCAAUGAAGACACCCUUGCCUCCAGCUACCAGGAGACGGUGGAAAAAAUGAAAAAAACAGAACAAGAACUGUCACGGGUGAACAAAGAAAAUGAAAUGUUGAGUCUCAAGCUUGACGCUUCAAGAGCAGCCGGCGUGGAGGCUGUGAAGCAUGGCUCGCGUAAACUCCAGGAGGAUUACAACAAGCGCUCUGAAGAUCUCAAGAAAAGGCAAGAAGAGACCAUUCACAUAAUGAAGGCCCGCAAGCUUGAGCAAGAACAAAAAUUAAAGCAAAGCACAGACAAUCUCAGUCGGCUGAACGUGCAGCUCCAUGAAAAGUAUGGCCGGAUUGAAGAACUCGAGAAACGAGUGCAAAGGAUGGAAGAGGAGAAGAAAACAUUGAAAGAAAAGAAACAGUUUUUAAAGCAGAGGCUGCACCAGAUGAUGUCAAAUGCUGAAAAUCCCAAAAGCUGUGUGGAAGUUCAGAAAGAGAUCUCUACGCUUCAGGAGCAAAUUAGCCACUUGGACCAUGUGAUCCAUUCUCAGCAUCAAAACUUACACAAUGUGAUUCAGCAGAUUGAAGAAUUGAAUAAUGAACUCAAACAUCAAGAUGAACGAAUAGAAGGCCUAAAAGAAAAGAUUGAGAUACUCCAAGCAAAGAACAAAGAAUUGAAGUACAAAGUGGAAUUCUACUCUGGCCAGUCAAAACCAAAGGCCUCCAAAGCUGUUUUGGCAAAAAUUGUUGGAGGUUCACCAUACACCAUGAUAACCAGAGCAUCCCUAUGAAGCAUAGACCUUUUUAACUGAUCUGUCGGAAGGAUGCCAUUUUUGUUGACUUCCUUUCAUGGAUUACUGCAGCUGUGCUUGAAAUACUCUGUGUAAGAAAAGUCUUUCAUGUGUGGUCUUCUGGUAGCACUGAUGGAAUCCCAGGAUGGCCUUCCAUGGAAGAAGUCGAAUCAGAGGACACGUAGGAGCUGGGCUGUGGGGAGGUUUAACUCUUUAUUUAUUUAUUUAUUUAUUGACACUUUACUGUAGUAUUGUGGUUCUUCCCACCAGUGAUGAGCAUGCACUGCCUUCAGGACUGAUUAAUCCAAACAGAAUAAAUUUCAGAAAACUGU